AUGAAAUACAAGGUCGCAAAUUCAUUCAUGGUCUCUCAGGAGCUCCGUAAUGGUUAUAACACCAAGGGUUCCUACUACGCCCUGCUACCCGACGGUCGCUUACAGGUCGCCUAUGUUGUCAACAGCUUCUUCCACAAGGAAACCGCCGUCGCUCUCGGCCUUGUGGCCGUCACUUUGGCUUCUCCUUCACAGCCCUACUACAGAUAUGCUCUUCCAGCAACUUAUGGCGCUCCUGUUCAAUAUGGCUUCAACUACGCUGCAAAAGACGACUACACCAACAAUAACUUCGAUCAUCAAGAAACCCGUAACGGCUAUGACACUCAGGGUUCCUACUACGUUCUCCUUCCCGACGGCCAUCUGCAGAAGGUCGCCUACACUGUUAACGGCGACUCAGGCUACGUGGAUGAAGCCCAGUACCCUGAGUACCAUUCUGCUACUGCUUACAAGCCUGCCUAUAAGCCUGCCCCUACAUAUACCUAG